AAAGGUAAUACUAAAAUUAUACAAUGAAACGUCUUUUUACAAAAUAAGUAACGUAAAAAUACAUGAUUGAAACAAUAAAAUAAAAGUGUUGCUUUGACGAGAGUUUUAAUUACAUUCAGUUCAAUCAGGAGCCUAAAGUUGGAGUAUUUUAACAAUGUCAAAUUUUGACAGUUCUAUACCGCAUCAAGAAUUUAACUUAAAAUAUGCUAGUGAAGGCGACUUAACAGACAGUGACGAAGAAGUAUUUGAACUGGAUAGUGAUUUUGAUGAAUUUACUGUCAGGUUUAGUAAUGCAUUAAGCGAAAUGAUAGCUUAUGAAGAAGAAAAUGAUAUCGAAAUGGAAGUAUAUAAGGGUAAAUAUGAUAGUAAUAUUGAAGCAGAAUUAGAACAAGUUAAUGUUGAACAUAAUUUUGAUAAUAAUCAAGAAGAGAGAGAUGAAAUAAUACCAAAUAAUGAAAAUGAAGGACUUACUACAGUGCAUAUAACUUAA